AUGGGUCGAGGCGGUCGAGGAAGCCCGGCUCCUCGCCGUCCGGUUGACUUGACCGGAGCUAUCUUGCCUGUUGAGAGAAAUGAUUUGGUUACACUGAUCAAUGCUAUAACCGAGAAGCUUCACAACGACAUCAGCAUCAUCUUCGACUCUCCUCCUGUUACCCCGGUUCUUGGGGAUCAGGACAUUGGCCAUCACCAAUUGUUGGCCCUGUCACUCCGCAACACAAAGGAGAAUGCCAACCCCAAGCUUUCGUCCCAAGUCAAGAGAGCCACGCAGGUGCCUCAGCCAAGUUCUAAGGUGGCCGAGUCUGGAGAGAAGGGGGAUGCAGAGGAGAUCACACCUCAACUCAGGGAGCUCAAGAAAGAGGCGCUCCUCUUCUACCGCAAGUGGCAGACGAUCGCCAUGCAGCGUUUCCGGGACUUGAGUGUCAUGGAAGCCAAUGCUCCUCAAACUAAUAUUCGUGGGCGUGGGCGUGGCAGUACUCGAGGUGUAAGAGGUGGUCGCGCUGGCCGCGGUGGUAGAGGCGGCCGUGGAGGGCUUACAGUGACAACUGGCCCUCUCAAGACCCCCUCAAACCACGUCGACCGCGACCUAUCUCGUCGAUUCCCACCAAUUCCGACCUCGCUCUGGACACUUCCCGUUGAGAAACGAAAGCUCUUGCUUCAUAUUUCGCUUCUCAUGGUACUUUCACUCCAAGAGUACAGCGCCUACGCCCGCCUUCUUCUUCUCAACCUCACUUCUUCUCUGAACCUUCCGUUGAAGUUCCUUCAGGAGGAAGAAAAACGCAUUGCGCAGGGAUUGAGUCAGCUUGCUGUCGAUGUGGCCGCCGAGCAGGCCACUGAGCAAAAGCAGGAUGAGAACAAGCCUGUUGGGAAAACCAAGGCGCGUUUGGCUUCUAUGACCGGCCCCUUUCGACUCGGAGCGCAGCUCAUUGCUGCAGGCAUUGGAACCACCCACGGUGGUCAUGGACUAAGACUCCCUGCGGCGGCGGGCUUGUUGGGGCCCAUGUCUGACAAUGGCAUUGCUGCAGGCUCGCUGUUUGGAAUCUAUGGAACGAGACCGACUGGCAAGAUGAUUGAGUCCUUCUCUCGUGAGAUCCAGGACUUUGGCAUUGUUCCCAUCCGAAGCACGCCCCAGGAGGACUAUGUGGACGCCAAAGCCAUCCCAGCCAAGAGUCGACGGCUCCGAGUCAUCAUUGCUGUAAACGGUUGGGUCACUGAGAAAGAAGACAUUGCUCGACCUUGGAAGUACCUCGGCGAUCAUGCAGAGGUGUAUGUCCUGCGGUGGGAAAUGAGUGCUCUUCAGAGCCUGGGAGGUGCGCUCGAGACUGUUGUCCGAAGCUCAGCGUGGGCAGUAGCGAAGAAAGCCGUCACUUCGCGGACCAUAUUUACCAGUCUCAUCGAAGCGUCUUGGCCUGCGGAGCUUAUGAAAGUCAGCAAAAUAAUCGACAACCCUUGGAGCAUCGGGAUGGUUCGCGCUGAAAAGGCCGGUGUGGUGCUUGCAGACGCCAUCAUGCGCAGCAAGAUCCAAGGUGAUCGUCCCGUCUCUCUGAUGGGUUACAGUCUGGCGGCUCGGGCCAUCUAUGUCUGUCUGAUGGUUCUAGCUGAGCGCCGUCAGUUUGGUAUCGUCGAUUCGGUCGUGUUGAUGGGCACGCCGGCACCCUCCGAGAGCCGAGUUUGGCUGACGCUGAAGAGCGUCGUCUCUGGCCGCCUGGUCAAUGUCUACUCGGAGAGUGACUAUCUUCUUGGCUUUUUGUAUCGCACUUCGAACAUCCACUUUGGUGUGGCGGGCCUUCAGCAAAUCCAGGGCGCCGAUGGUGUUGAGAACCACAAUGUUAGUGACCUUGUGAAGGGACACUUGCGCUAUUCGACCCUGACUGGCAAAAUACUCAAGGAUAUUGGCUGGGAGGACUUGAGCAUGGACGCCUAG